AUGGCAGGAGCAGAGCUUGCAAACGGCGUGCACGAGGGCGCCCUGGCUUUGGAGGAAGGCAGAGGAGGAGACGAAGCAAGGUGUGAGAGCUCGGAGCAGGACGGAGCCGCCGGUCGCCGCCCCAUGUUUUCCGUGCCGUUCGUGCAGAAGAUCCUGGCGGAGAUCUUCGGGACCUACUUCCUCAUCUUCGCGGGGUGCGCGGCGGUGGCGGUGAACCUGCGGACGGGCGGCACGGUGACGUUUCCGGGCAUCUGCAUCGUGUGGGGGCUCGCCGUCAUGGUCCCCGCGUACGCGGCGGCGCAGGUCAUGGGGGCGACGGCGGCCAGCCUGACGCUGCGGCUGCUGUUCGGGAACGCGCGGGAGCACUUCUUCGGCACCGUGCCGGCAGGCUCCGACGUGCAGUCGCUGGUGAUCGAGUUCAUCAUCUCCUUCAACCUCAUGUUCGUCGUCUCCGGCGUCGCCACGGACAACAGAGCCAUUGGCGAACUCGCUGGCCUCGCUGUCGGAGCUACCGUCCUGCUAAACGUGCUCUUUGCCGGGCCUGUAUCAGGAGCGUCCAUGAACCCGGCGAGGACCCUGGGCCCGGCGAUCGUCGUCGGCCGCUACGCCGGCAUCUGGGUGUACUUCGCCGGGCCCAUAUGCGGGACGGUGGCCGGUGCGUGGGCCUACAACCUCAUACGCUUCACCGACAAGCCGCUGCGGAGAUCACCCAGACCUCCUCCUUCUUGA